AUGGCUCACAAGACAGCUGGCGGCAACGCCGCGUUCCACAACUUCAACAAUGACUUCGCGCAUAUUGAAGACCCCAAUGAGCGACGCCGGCUUGCCCUCGCUGAGAUCGACAAAGCGCCUUUUGGCUGGUACCAUGUGCGCGCCAUCUUGGUGGCAGGUACCGGUUUUUUCACGGAUUCGUACGACAUCUUCUGCGUGUCUCUUUUGACGAUCAUGCUGGGUAUCGUCUACAAGCACGACAACAAGGGUGUUCUUCUCACUCAACAAGACACAGCUAUCAAGCUUGCAACAUCAGCUGGUACUGUUCUUGGACAAGUCGGAUUCGGUACACUGGCCGAUAUUGUUGGACGUAAGAAGAUGUAUGGUCUUGAGUUGAUCCUCAUCAUCGUCGCCACACUCGCUCAAUCUCUCACUGGCCCCGGUCCCGGAACAUCAGUUGUCGGUCUGAUCAUCUUCUGGCGUGUAUUGAUGGGAAUUGGUAUUGGUGGUGACUACCCUCUCUCGUCGAUCAUCACAUCUGAGUUUGCCACAACCAAGUGGCGUGGUGCCAUGAUGGGUGCCGUUUUCGCCAUGCAAGGUUUUGGCCAGCUCGGUGGCGCUUUAGUCAUGCUCUGCCUCGUCGCUGGCUUCAAGGACACGCUUUCCGGCGUCACAGGCUACGCAGACUGCGAUGGUCAGUGCUCUGUUGCCGUUGACAAGAUGUGGCGCGCCCUUAUCGGAAUUGGUAUCGUCCCGGCUUGCAUUGCGCUCUACUACCGUCUCACCAUUCCCGAGACUCCUCGAUACACCUUCGAUGUCGCCCGUGACGUCGAGAAGGCCAACGCAGACACCAACCAGUACCUCUCGGGUAAGCAUGGCAAUGGCGACCCUGAUGCAAUUGCCCAAGUUGCCCAGAACCAGGCCGCUGCUCAGCUAGAAGUUCCCAAGGCUUCCUUCGGCGAUUUCUUCAGGUUCUACGGCAAGCUCCGUAACGGCAAGAUUCUAUUCGGUACCGCCAUGUCAUGGCUUCUCCUCGAUGUUGCAUUCUACGGACUUGGUCUUAACUCCUCGACUGUGCUGCAAGCUAUCGGCUACGCCAACGGUGACAACCUCUACCUCAAGCUGUACAACCUUGCUGCCGGUAACGCUAUCUUGGUUUGCGCUGGAGCCAUCCCAGGAUACUGGCUUGCAGUAGCCACUAUCGACACGGUUGGACGCAAGACACUCCAACUCGCUGGUUUUGUCAUGCUCACCAUCCUCUUCAUUGUCUGGGGAUUCGCCUACAGCCACCUCAGCCACCAUGCCAUGUUGGCCAUCUACGUCCUUAUCCAGCUCUUCUUCAACUGGGGUCCCAACACGACCACUUUCAUUGUCCCCGGAGAGUGCUUCCCUACCCGCUACCGUUCCACAUCCCACGGAAUUUCUGCUGGUUCAGGAAAGAUCGGCUCCAUCAUCGCUCAGGGAGCUAUCUCUCCUCUUCGAACUCGGGGCGCUACAGCGACGAACAAGAACCCCUGGUUGAACCACGUCAUGCAAAUCUUCUCGGCUUUCAUGUUCUGUGGUAUCUUCACUACGCUGCUGAUACCGGAGACCAAGCGCAGGACGCUCGAGGACCUUGCGCAAGACUGGGAUAUGGGUGAUGAGUCUAUCACUGGUACGGAGUACGCGCGCAAGGCGGAGAACCGCAGCAGCGACGAGGCUGGUACCACUGAGCUCAAGGCUUAG